AUUUGACAUUACACAACGUACCGAACAGCAACUAGCAAUUCACAGCAAGAACACACACAAUCAAUUCUAAACCCAGUAAAGCUUGAAUUUUCUGAAUCCUGUACCGCGUUUGUACUGAAACAAUGGGGCGAGGACAAUCUAAGUUUGCUCGUGACUCCAGAAGUCUCCUGUCUGAAGAGCAGCUGCUGUGUUCGAUCUGUCUGGAUGUGUUCACUGAUCCAGUCACCACUCCAUGUGGACACAACUUCUGCAAAAGCUGCCUUACACGGUGCUGGGAGAAGAGUCAAGACGGUUACUGUCCAUUAUGUAAAGAGAAAUUCGCCAAGAAACCUGAACUGAAAAUUAAUACAACACUGAGAGAGGUUGCAGAUCACUUCAAGAAGAAAAGUGUUCCAGACAAACCUGAGGUUCUUUGUGAUGUUUGUACUGGAGAGAAGGUGAAGGCCGUGAAAUCCUGUUUGUAUUGUGGACUGACUUUCUGUAAGUCUCAUUUAGAACCUCAUAAUCAUGUUCUAAAACUUACUAAACACAAACUAAUAAACCCUGUGGAGAACCUGAAGGACUACAUAUGCCAGAAACAUGAGAGAGCUCUGGAGCUGUUCUGUAGAGAUGAUCAGACAUGUGUGUGUCAGUUGUGCAUUGAAGGAGACCACAAGAAUCACAACACUGUUCCUAUAGAGGAGGAGAGCAGAGAGUGGAAGACUCAGCUGGGGAAAACUAAGACAGAUGUACAGCAGAUGAUUCCGAGUCGACUGGAGAAGAUCCAACAGAUCAAACACUCAGUAGAUCUCAGAAAAAGAAACACAGAGAAAGAGAAAGCAGACAGUGUUGAAGUCUUCACUGCUCUGAUUAGCUCCAUUGAGAGAAGUCAGGCUGAGCUGCUGAAGCUGAUGGAGGAGAAGCAGAAAGCAGCAGUGAUGCAGACUGAAGAACUCAUUAAAGAGCUGGAGCAGAAAAUUACUGUGCUACAGAGGAGAGACACUGAGCAGGAGAAGCUCUCACACACUGAGGAUCAUCUCCACCUCCUACAGGUUAACUCGUCCAUGUUCAGCCUUCCACACACCAAGAACUGGACUGAGAUCAGUAUUAACACUGAUCUGAGUGGAGACACUGCGAGGACAUCUCUGUCUCAGCUUCAGCACAGUCUGAAUGAGAAACUCACUAAAACAAUCAAUGACAAGUUAAAGGAGGCAGUGGAUGUGAUUCUGGAUCCUGAUACAGCUCAUCCCAACCUCAUUCUUUCUGCUGAUGGAAAACAAGUGUCACUUGGAAACAAACGACAAAAUCUCCCUGAUACACCAGAGAGGUUUAAUCAGUGUGUCUGUGUUCUGGGGAAGCAGAGUUUCUCCUCGGGAAGAUUUUAUUAUGAGGUGCAGGUCAGAGGGAAAACUGCCUGGGAUUUAGGAGUUGUGAGAGAAAACAUUAACAGGAAGGGGAAGAUUAUAGCAAACCCUCAGAAUGGAUUCUGGUCUGUGAUAUUGAGGAAUAAGAAUCAGUAUUGGGCUUGUGCUGAUCCCCCUGUCCCCCUCACACUGAGAAAGAAGGUGGAGAAGGUGGGAGUGUUUGUGGAUUAUGAGGAGGGUCUGGUCUCCUUUUAUGAUGUGAACUCCAGAUCUCUUAUCUACUCUUUUAGUGGUCAGACUUUCACUGAGAAACUCUAUCCAUACUUCUGCCCUUGAUUCAAUUAUGGAGGUAAAAAUUCAGCACCACUGAUCAUCUCUCCUCCACUUUAGACUAAAGGAUUUUUAUCUCAAAAAAAUCGGAUGUUAAAAAAGGAAUUAAAACCUUUUUUUCUUUUUAAUAAAAUUAUGAAAUUCACAGAACAAUUUGAUACAAUCAGAAAUGUUUAAAAAAUCUGAUAAUAUUUUAAACUAUUAGAAAUUUGGAAAAAAAAAAAAAAACUAUGAACUUUACAUUUACUCUUUUUACUUUAACGAUAUAUACAUAAUGUUUAAAUGCUUAAAUACAUACAUUUAUGUGGCAAAGAAUAUUUGAAUUUUUUUUACUUUUUUGUUCUUUUACUUUUGUUUAUUUACUUUUUUGUUCUCUGUAUCCUUACAAUACAUACAAAUAUCCGAUUAUUGUCUUUGGAUAACUUUUUUUGACUAAAUAUUAAGAUUUUGAUUAUAUAAAAAUGAAAUUAACGACUUACUUUUUAUCCAGCAUUUAUUAUUGAAGUCAUUUGUGAAAAUUAUUCACAGUUAGAUUUAGAAUAUUCUUCACAGUAUGAUGUUUCUUUUUUUUUUUUUUUUUUUUUUUAUUAUUUUUGAGUGCUGUAAACCUCCUUAUACUACAUUAAGUGAAGAGAUUUUGUUGCGAUCUUUGUUCUUCUUGUCUAGUUAAAGGGCAUUAAAUCUGAAAUUGUAUAAGAGAAAUUGAUUCCUAAAUGGGUAAAAUACUUUCUGAAGCCCUUUCAUACAUUGUUCUUAUUGUUUGUUUUCCAUCUGCAUGGUAUAAAAAUAAAGCCUUUUCAUCAUUA